AGCCACACAGCAGAGUGAAGGAAAAAAGCUUAUUGAAAAAUACUUCGUAUCACUAGCAGAGUGAAAAGCGCGUACAAGUCGGAGUGCAAUUUCGCGGAGUGUGCGUUAUUUCGUGGAAAAUUCAGCCGCAAAUGGUGCUGUUUCCUCCUAAAAAUUGUGAAAAAGUGCAGCGCUGUUUUCGAACUACAAACAUUUGUUAAAAUUUGCUGGUAUUCCUGUGGAAUUUGGCCGUAAAACGGGACUUUCUUGGUGGGACCUGCCUGCCAGAGCAAAAGUGAAUAGUCGCGUUUUUUUCGCACCGUAUAGGCCUCCGCAAUACCCUUGAAGCCAGCUGGUCAACAAGAGUUUUCCUAUUUUCAUCGCCGGAUCCAAUUGAUUCGAGUUUGUUCUUUUUUGAAAGAGGAAAAGUGAUUUUUCGGGAGUGCAUUUUUUUGUUGGGUUAAGUUUGCGACAGCACGCAAAAGGAAAAAAAGACAUUCCUCUCCUCGUACAGCACACUGCUGGCCAUGGCCCGCUUCGCUUUGUUGCUAAGGAGAAUUGCUAGCUGUCACAGGAGACUUCGGAUCCGGAAAGUAAACCAAAGUUGAAAAACAGCAGCGCCUCUUGUGUGUGAAUCCACAAUCCCAACAGAGAGCCCCCGAAAAUUGUAAUCGAAAAUUCGUAACGAGUGUUGUGUGUUGAAAAACAGAGAGGGUGAGACGGGGUUGGACAUCAUUUCGAAAAUCACUAGCGUCGUGGCUGAAAACUCGGAAAACAUUUUAAAUAUUCAAUAAGAGAAGAAAAGGCGAGUUGGUGAUCCGGGUGGGCCCCUUUGGCAUGAGUACUCCGGACGGUGACAAAUCAAGUCCGGGAGGGGGAACAAAAAUGCAAGGAACGGGAUCAUCAUCGGCGGUGGGAUCUGGCGGAGGUGGCAUGGGAGCCACAGGGAGCACUGGUGGAUCGAUGCCCGGAUCUGGUGGUCCAGGAACGACGGGCACCACAACGGCAUAUCCGAUCGAUUUAGCAUCGGCUUCCAAAGUUCUGGUUCGACCCACCGAGAAAACAAAUAUGCCAACGACUUACAGAAUCGGCAAUUCGGCCGGCAAUCAGAUGCGCGUAGUGAUUCCGAGCAACGCCGCCUCGCAGACGUUCUACCGACACUCGAUCAAUCUGAAGCCAGAUCCUUCAUCCAAUCGUACGCAAAUAACGGCCUUACCGCCACGAACUCAAACAUCGAUCACGGUUUCGCGUCCUCAGACACCGACGACGUAUCAUGUCCCCGCGCGGGUACCCACCACGGUAGCGAGCAUUCAAGGUCCCCGAGCCACCAUCACGGCACCGAUUCGUAUUCCUACUCCACCGAUCAGCGUAGCAAAUAUCAACACCUACGUACGUCAAUCGGUUCCAUCGCGCACCUCCUCACCGUCGGCCACCAUCAUUUCGCAAGGGCAAACCUGGAUGUCGAAUGUACAGGUGCAAGUUCCGACUCAGCUUAUUCGGGCUAACAGCAUCACUCAACCUCCUCGUGCUCGAGUAGUGGCUCAAACGAUCUCCGCCAAUCAGUCAUCCACCAAUGUCAACAACGCCACAAUUACGGCCAACGUGGUAGCUCACCCGGCAACGACCCAAACCAAUCAGCAGAAUGUAUCCCUCAGCGGAAGCAACCCAUCGCAAGCAUUUGUGGCCACGCUAGCAGCUGCAGUCCUUCCCCCACAAAGGCAACUUACGUCGACACUGGUCUACACGAACAACAGCUCCCAGCAAUCCUACAGCAGUGGGACCAACCCACAGCGGUUAACUCUAGCCACUACACUUUCUCCCCAACGCCCAACCGGAGUUCGCCCUAUUCAACGACUCCCGACAACGAACCUUGGAGUUCGCGUCACGGCAGGGAGCAUUAGUAUCCGUACUCCUAGCGUUCCAGUGCUUGCGCCAACCACCGUGCUCACGACCAUCGCUCCGGGAACUCUCGGAACUCAAAAUCGCAAUUCAGCCGUCUCCACGGCAAACAUCUCCAACACGAUCCCAGCUCGCAUCAUCCAAGUACAGAAUCCUCAGAGUGGGCAAAUCAUUAGCGGAGGCCGAUUGCCGACCAACCUGGUGAAUAUUCAACCGCUGAUUGUCAGCAACAAUCGUAUUCCUCACAGUAGCAUCCAGCCCAGUUUAACAAUUGCACAAGUAGGCAAACUUACGCCUGUGGCCGCUUCUCAGGUGCAGAACAGUUCCGGCUCGAAAUCAAUCAGUCAAGAUUCGGGUGGCGGAAGUGGGGGCGGUGGUACCACAACCCUCCAAACCGCUUCCGGUCAACAGAUAGUCGUAAGUUCUGGACAAGUUAGUGGCGGAUCCACCAUCAUCACUGGCAAUCUAUUAUCCAAUCAAUCCGGGAGCGGAAGUAGUCAAUCUCAAACGCAAGGACAAAUUACACAGAUCGUAAAUGUUAAUCCAGGAUCGAUGGGUUCUGGUCUAUCCGGACAGGCACCGCAGAUUGUAACCGUGAGCCAGGGACAGGUGAUUGGAACUCCACAAACCAUUUCGGUGUCGAAUUCCGGAGGUUCUGGCUCCACGACAGUUAUCCCUAUCCCGUUGGCCAUCACUGGGGGAAGAAACGCUACGACCAUUCCGGUAUCCGUAGCCGGACUGUCCGUUGGACAAAAUCCGAUUAGUAUCGUUUCCGGCGGAAGUACUAUAACCGGAAUUGUGCGAACCACUACCAGUGGAGCUGGAAGCGGAGGACCAGGAAUUUCGGCCUCUACCAUGCCAUCGAUUCUGCCGAUUGCAAAAGUUACGCCACAGCAGCUGAGCAGUUUGAGCACGAUUGAAGCCGUGAGCAGUUCAGCUCCGUACUCGGUUUCCGGCACGGGAACCUCUCUGUAUAUCCAAACCAGACCGCAACAGCAGAGUGCUAUCGUCACAACCGUUGCCAGUACUGGAAAGUCCAGUACGUUAAAUGUCGUCUCCGGAGGAAGUUCAGGCUCUAGUGCAACAAUUUUCCCAGCAUCCACUCUUUAUUACGAACGUGUGACGCCUUCACCAGCUUCGUCAAGUCAACCGAUUGCCACUUCCGGCUCCGGAGCUAUUGCAUUAGUUCAAAGUGCUUCCUCUUUGACAUCUACGACGAUUACUACGGCCAGUGCCAUCAGUGGACCGGUUUUUUCGAUAUCUUCCAGCGCAUUGAGCACACCUACCGGAAGUGGUUCUGGAACUAUUAUCUCCGGAGUUUCAAGUGGACAGUUGAGUUCAUCCAACGUCAUAACGACGACCGUACCGUCGUUGCCAUACUCAUCUACAGCGGGAUCGUUCGCCAUUGUACAACAGGCGUCGGGACGAAACCUUUCUGCUGGUCCAAUUCACGGAAUUGUAUCUUCAUCCACAGCUUCCGGUGGCCAGUUUCAAUCGCAAUCGCAGUCUCUAUCUCAAUCUCAACAGUCGACAACGCAAAUCCAAACCGUGCCGGUCCGAUUCCACCCUCAGCUGCUCGUCGAUGGCGGUCAGGCACAGCAAAUCAUCAUGACUGGAUCGUCGACUACCUCCGGUCAGCAACAACAGCAACAACAACCAUCCCACAUGCUGAUUCCGGUUAAUCCUGGAGGUAAAAUUGAAUCCCCUCAGUCCAGUAUAUUACGCAAACGAGGAGGAUCUCCUCCCAUCAAGAUGAGUAAGGAUCUCACGCAUACGCUUAUCGCCAUGGGUAAAGAACGAGCUCGCGAAAUGGAACAACGGGAACGGGAGCGGGAACGCGAAUUAUCUCCACCGUCAAGACCAGUUUCCACCGAUGGAUCCACAACGGUCAGUGCCACUUCCAGUCCAGGAGCCGACCAGCAAGAGCAAGAGGAAAUCAAAGCAAUGGCAUUUGUCAAUCGCAAUGCAAAUAGUGAUUUGCCAUUCAAGCUGGGUAACGAGGAAAUCUUCCUCCAAGGACCGCAGCCGCCAAAUCAGGAUUCUCAACAAGCGUUGGGUCAUCCGUUCCAUCAUGGAUCGCUGCCGCAUCAGAAUUCCGUUGCCGGAAGCAGCAACGGGAAUUACGAGCAAUCACCGCGGAAGAAACCCCGCAAACAGAACGUUUCCGAGGGGCUGAAAUCCGUUGCAAAUAGUUUACAGUUUUAUGCAAACAAUGAGUUGGAUAACAGCUACCGGAUGGACAUUUCGGGGCCAACGAAUUUGGCCACGGCGGCUGCUACAGUGACGGCCGCUGCAGCAAUAGUAGAAGCGGGAUUUAUUUCCCAGCAGCAGCAGCAGCAACAACUACAACAACAGCAGCAGCAGCAACCACAACAACAACAACAACAACAAUCGCAUUCCACACAGGUCAGUGGAACUGUGAGUAUAGUGCCGAACAACAAUGUUGUUGUAAAUAAUUUGGCUGCCGCAAAUGCUGUGAAACAUGAUAACCAACUGAGUCAGGGAUCAACGAGUGCCCCGAAAGAUGGGACGGUUGCAACGGCGAAGGAUGCUACGUCAAUUGCCAAUUCGCGAAAACCUAGGAACGUCAGUUUAUUGGAGUCGUACAAACAGAGCUGGAAAGCGGCGAAUAAUCACUUCCAGCGAUAUACCGACGUGAAGCAGCGUGAGGAACGGCGUCCCACCAUGGUGGACAUUGCGAAUCAGUCGCACGUGCUGCAGAAGGUCAACGGGUGGAAGAUCUAUCAUCUCAGUGCGCAGAUUGAAGAUUUGUGCGAGCUAGAAUCUCAAGCGUACGACAAGCUGGAUCAGAUGUUGAAAACGAUGGAAGCGACGCCGAAACCAUCCGCCGAAAUCGAGCGCAUCAAUGAACUGCUGAAGGGCAACAUGCAACGCAGCAAGAUAAUCAUCGACGGUAUCAACGAGGCACGGACGCAAAUCAUGAAGAUCUUCGACCACAAGACGCACGUUUCCGACAUCAUCCAGCGGUGCGCUUCCAAGCGGAACUUCAAGAAACGGGAAAAGAGCUAAGCACCUAGGCGUCAGCUCCCGUAUGUGUGUGUGUGUGUUUGUGUGUGUACAUAUAAUGUAGAGAUGCUUUCGUUGCUUCUUUUAUUGUAGAUUUUUCCAAACUCUAUUGAUAAGAUAAAUUGUGCGCAGAUUACUUUUACCUAACAUCGGUAGUGUGUAGUGCAUAGUGUGUGUACAUUUUAGGAUAGUAUGCGAUUGUAUAUGGAACGGAGGGCGCCUUUCGGGAGCUCGGUAGACAUAUUUUUAGAGUUAAAAUUUGCUAAAUGGUGGUAAAAGCAUAUAAUUUAGAAGUACGAUUAGGUCAACAGUCUGGAAAGAAAAAGCAACAAAGUAAGAGUAUUCUCUUAGCAAUAUUUCAAACCAUGAU